UAAUAACAAUUUUGGAUGUUUUAAGUUGUUCAGUUCAUACUAUAAAUUCGACCAGAAAAUCUUUUCUUCGUUCUAUUUGUAUUGGAGAUCCAGCUGUUAAAGAUAUUCAAAGUGGAGGAAUAAACCUAUUUACUGCGUCAAAUAGUGUGUUGCUUACAAAAUCUGUUAACGAAUAUUAA